GACUACCAGUCCCAGCGUGCAGUGCUCCUUGUCCUCUGAAGACUCAUGUGCAUGGUGUAUUGCAACUGCAAACUGCUGCUGGAGGGGCCUGGGAGCAGCAGAAUACCAAGGCCUGGCCUUGGCUGGAUCUGCUGACCCGUGACCACCCUCGCCGAGCGGGACCAUGCGUCUGACCGCCUUGCUUGCCAUGGCGGCUAGGAUGAAGCUGCCCCCGGACUAUCGCCACGGCAUCUACCGGCCCUGGACGGCCAUGGCCAAGGCCAACAACCCCCCCGGGCGGAGACGCAAGAAGGUGUUUGUGGAGCCCAUCAGCAAGGAGGACUGGAAAGUGUUCCGUGGGGACACGGUGGAGAUAUUAAUCGGGAAGGAUGCUGGGAAGCAAGGAAUGGUGAACCAGGUCAUCCGAGCUCGCAACUGGGUCUUUGUGCAAGGUUUGAAUACGCAUUACCACUACAUGGGGAAAACCGCCGAUUUCCCGGGGAUGUACAUCGCCAGCGAGGCACCCUUGCUGCUCCGACAGAUUGCCCUGGUCGACCCUACGGACAGGAAGCCCACCGAGGUGGAGUGGCGCUACACCGACGAGGGUGAGCGAGUGAGGGUGUCUCUGCGAACCGGCAGGAUCAUCCCUGCACCCGUCCACCAGCGCCGGGACGGCAUCAUCCCAGAGCAGUGGAAAGGUGAGCGGAGAUGGGCCUGAUUCUCCCCUGCCCAGCAUGUCGUGUCAUCGCUGAUACCAGCAUGGACCCGAUCAGAAUGGCGGCAACCCCCCCGUCCCCCCGGAUCUGCACGUCAAGCAGAGCUCGCCCUGGGCAUGAUGUGGCCCGGUCCAAUUCCCCUGAGACGUGAGCCGGACUAGAAUUCGGCUACCCCUGGAGCUGGGCUGGCCCUGCAGGGCUACAUUCGAGCUCCCUCCCACACAGCUGGGCUGGGCUGGCCCCGUGGGAGCAAACCCCCUUCUUCCCCACAGCCGUCUCUGCUGUGCAGAUCUGCGACGGAAGGGGCGCUGUUCUCCGCAGCGUCCUGGAGACAGUGCCGAGAUCGAGGUUGUAACAUUCUCCCCC